UGAGAUUCACAACUAAGUCAAAGGUAGGCACUGGCUUUUUCAGUUUCUGUAACUCACAAACUCUUCAAUUUACAAACUUCUUAUCGUUCAUCGUGUUGUUAAUUUGGUAGCAGAAAUAAAGUACGUGGGUGAGCCGAUCAGGUUUCGGUGCGAGAUAUACCCAUAAUGUGAAUCCUAACAAUUCAUGUGUAAAUGUUCAUUAUUCCUGUUAAGUCUGUUCAUCCACUACUAUUGUUAAUUUUUUUGUCACAAGUUUUACAAGUAAGUAAAGUAGAUUUUUAGCCACUUCAAAGUAGCUCAAGGAUCGCCCAUAUACUACCACCAAGUAAUGUACGUAGACCCAUUUACUUUUAAUACAAUAACUCAUCUUCGAACUUGGUUUGAUUAUAUUAGUACAAGUAAAAUCUAAGGCAUAAUUGUUUGAUAUGCCGUAUACCCUCAAACAGUACAGUUUAUAUGUAUAUGCCGUUAGUGAAUAGUAUACUGUCGCUCCACAGGAAUGAAAGACCAGAUUUUUUAAACACUAUCUGAAGUAUUGAAAGCAAAGCUCUUAUGUUGGGUUUCUGUGCCAACCUAGAUUCUGUUCAUUUUCUUGCUCCUAGUCUGUUAAAUUUCAAAGCUUCAUACCGAACCGUCAAUAAAACAUUGCUUUCGCAACCGCUUUGAGCACAUCACUGUUUUAGUAAGUAUGAAGUAACAGGAUGAACAAGAUGAGUUCAAAGCUGACUUUUUAAAUUUGGGCGUCUUUUUUGUGCCGUUCAGAUUUUUUUUUACAGGUCAGAGUAUUCUGGUGGCGUUCUGCAUACGAGUAGCAUCUAAAAUAAUAAAAAUCUAGCUGAAAUAAUAACAUGGAAGCUCUUUCUACUGUACGUAUCCUUACCUUUUUGGUCAGAACGUAAUAAAUCAGAAUAUUUUUGCGGAUUGUUGGUUUUAGCCUCCAAAUCGAUAUUUUCCGUUAAUUAAUACGUUAGGUAGUUUAUAUGCUGCUCGAAUGAUCAAACUAACUACUUGACGUCAUUUGGGUGUGCAAUAAGAGCAUCAAGGCUACAAUUUUGGUCCGUAUACUAAACGCGAAUUCGACUUAGUCUAUAAAGAUUUUCAGUGUUUUCAGAUGUCCACCGUAACAGAUGACGAAAUCAUAAAGAGAAGACUUUUAAUCGAAGGCGAAAGUGGAAAUGAUGAUCGCAGAAUUACUCUAUUACUGAAAAAUUAUCUUCGAUGGGUAGCUUCUGAUGAUGUUGGUGAAGACGGCUACGAAGCCUAUCAAGCCCUUAUAGCUAGUGUUUACCAGUGUGAAAACGCCAUGGAACAGUCGUCAUUAGUAAUAGCUAUGAACUACGAACAGCAAAAACAGUAUGAGGAUUUAUAUAAGGAGAUUGAAACGGCCAUUGAAAGUGCAAAAAAUCGCAUUCAGCAAUGUAAAGAAGAUCUGAGGUCCGCAAAAACCGUCAGGAAAAAUAGACGAGAGUAUGACAGUCUUGCCAAAGUUCUUUGUGAUCAUCCAGAGAGAGAUGAGACACUUGAGAAGUAUAAAAAAUUAAAAGCUACUUUAGAACGACUGGAGAAUUUAAAUGAGGAGUACGACCGAAAAAUUCAGCUUAGAAAAACGCAAUUCCACUUGUUUUUGGUUGCCCUGAAGGGCUUACAAAAGAUUGUCGAAGAUGAUGAUUCGCUAUCUUCAGUCACAGAUGAUUUGGUGCAUACACAGUCAUCAAAGUCUGUACACGAAGAGAUUUCUAUGAAAAUGGAUACAAAUUGA